GCAGCUUCUUAUCUGGAGUUGUGUAUUAUCAGGUUUGUUUUUGCAGAUUUUUUCACUCAGUUUAUAAUUGAUGAAGACUGAUUUGCUGUUUAGAUGUGUCCAGUCGUGCUGAUAUAAUUUUUGACAAGAUGUGCAUGUACCUAUUAGGACUAUGUGUGAAAUAUUGAAUGAGUUCAUGUAUAUACGUCCCUGCUUCAAGGAUACGAUCCAAAAAUAACCAUACAGUAUAUGUAGGCUAGGACACGACAUAGUCGCAGAUUCACCCAGUAAAAAGGUGUAGUGUAAACAACGAAAAUGUAACAGUCAGUCAUUUAAACUGUGUCAAUUUGAAAUAGUUUUGUGUGAAUUUGCUCUCCGUGAUAUUUACAACACAGACGAAUAUUGGUUGUAGACAUUGAUAUUAUUACAUGCUACAGCGCUUUAAGCUAUCCGGAAAUCUGGUAAAAAUGGCGCAUCUGGUGUACUUCAACGGACGUGGACGCGGGGAGGUGAUCCGCAUGAUGCUAGCAGCUGCAGAAAUACCGUUCACAGAGAGUUUUUUGACAGAGAGACAGGAAUUCGAGAAAUUUAUUCAAGAUGGUUCCCUGCCAUUUAAACAGGUCCCACUGCUUAAGAUUGAUGAUAUGGAAUUAGUACAGACAAACGCUAUCGUCCACUAUGUGUCGCGAAAAGGUCAGCUGUACGGAGCAGACGACAAGGAGGCAGCAAUAAUCGAUAUGUAUUACGAAGCCUCUAGGGAUUUUUUUAUGGUAUUUUUACCGGUGAUUUUUAUGAAAACAGAAGAACAGGCCAUAGCAGACGCAAAAACUGCAGGAGAAGACAGAUAUUUUCCUGCCCUUGAAAAGAGGUUGACAGAGAAUGGAACAGGGUUCCUGGUCGGGAAGUCUAUGACAAUGGCAGAUGUAGGAUUUCUGGAGGUGCUUUUAUUGUGUGUGGAAUAUGGAGGAGUAAACUUCUUAGAUAACUUUAGCGAAGUCAAGAAAUAUUACAACCGGCUGAUUUCUAUUCCUUCAAUAGCUAAUUUCCUGAGUGGUCCACUUCGGAAGAGAAAAAAUGAUGAACAAUAUAGAACGGAAGUUAAACGAGUUCUUAAUCGAAAAUAGUGUAAUAUACGGGUCAUUUUGAUAAUUAUUUAUUUAAUGAUUUUAAAAUAGCAUUUGCUAUAAUUAUAUGCUUGAAUGUGUUCAAUGCUUAAUUCAUCAGAUUUGUGUUUGCUGUAAUUUGGGAAGUGUUGCUGUCACUAUGUAUGUCAGAGGUUACACUAAUAUAAUAUGAUGUACAUGCAAACGGUCUGUUUCAAAAUACAUCUCUUUUUCUUAAGUCACUUACCGGUACUAUGGCGUCAUGCUAAUUUUGACAUUUAAAAGAAAGUCUAAUAUAUUGUCGAAUUUGAUUAUUCAAAAAAUCAUAAAUAAAAUGCCACGGGAAAAAAAUCCAUAUAUGCAUUUAAUGUUUCUAAAAACUUUUCCGUGCAAUUCUGUAAUUCUGUGCACUUCUGUUGGUUGAUUUAGAUUCGGUUGAUAAUGAUUUUGAUUGGAUAAUUUUUUUAAAUCAGAAUUUAUACGAAAAGUUAUUGUAAACCAUCUUCAUUACAAAAUAUAAUUACAUUAUAAAGAUAAUAUGCAAGAUAAAUGAUUAUUGUUAAACCUGUUAAUAAUAAUAUUUUGUGCAUGA